AUGCGGAAGAAGGCGGACCCGCAGAGGGCGGCAGAUACUGACUGUACAGUUGUCGCGGCGCCGAAAUGGCGGUACGUGCAGUGCAACAUCAAGGGGAUGCUGGCGAAACGGGAAGAACAGCGGGCCAACGGUUCGGCAGCGGCGACAAAGGCGAAGCAGACGGCGGGACGGACAGGCCGGGACAACAUGGAGGACGGGAUUUCGGGCGACAGUCGCAAGGCGUCGUCGAGCGACAAGAACCACAUCACGCUGCGCAGUCGGCGCGUGCGCACAUCUGGAAGUAGCGAAAGCAGUGGUCUUUUGGGCGGACGACUCUUAGCUGGCAACGAGCCGCCCGUAUCCGCGAUGUUCCCCGUGACAGCUGUCACUCAGAGCGCCGCCUCGGACGUCGAGCAGCCGCAUGGCGCCUCGCCGUGCGACAAGCGGCGGCAGUCCGCGGAGGAGGGGCUGAGCGUGUACAAGCGGCGGCGCAUGAGCUCCUUGCCGCCCGCCACACACCCGCUCGCUACCCUGCCCACCAAUGCCGUUAGGGUUAGCUCCGCUGCUCCGACCGGGGGAGAGCAGAGCGCGGGAAGCACGGUGAGCACGGCUGGUGCGGAAGCAAAGGCGGAGUGGAGUAGCGGAGACAGGGAAGCCGGCAGUAGAGAUGCGCCUUCUGCUGCUGCCUUGUGCGCGCAAGGAUCUCAGGCGCAGGCGCAGGAACAGGCGGGACCACAAGCAUGCGCAGAGGCGAGCGAUGGGAGGCAGGCAAAUGGGGAGUGGAUGGGGGCCGUUGAUCCCGCUGGUCCCGCGGUACUGGAGGUGGAGGUGGCGGGCGAAGUGGCGGUGGCGCUGCACCGCGUGCCCCCGCGCGCGCCGCCACCCGCGCGGCUGCUGCACCCGCCGGUGGCUUUUGAGAGCUCUGUUGAGCCAGCGACCCUUCGCCCUGCUGUGUGCGUGGUGGAAGCGGGAGGGGGUGCGGAGGUAGCGGCCGUGGCGGUGCUUGCGGCGAGCCCUGUGGCGGGGCAGGCAGGCAGCCCGCACGACUCGAGCCACGAGCACGCGGACGGGGACUCGCUGGGGUGCGGUUCUGACUGCGCCAUCUGCUUCCGCGCGUCAGGGGAAGGGGAUGCAGCGGCUGUGUUGCAGAGCUGUGAGGGGGACGCUGCUGGCACACGCGCUGGGGGGAAAGUGGGUGGAGACAAGGAGAGUGGGGACAAGGGGAGGGACGCCGAUGGUGGGGACAAGGAGAGCCAUGGCACGGACGGCAGCGCAAAGGAGGGGGGUGCGAAGGUCGCGGCUACCAUGCCAGGACCGAAUGGGGUCAUUCCCCGGGGGCCAGGCUCCUGUGGGCAAGCCUCCACUGCCCUGCCCGCCUUGUCCCCCCUUGCUCCCAUGUCCGACUCCCCUUCCCUUGCCCAUACCGGUUCAGGCGCACCCAAACCCGCGGGCGAGGCGGGCAGCCCGUGCGAAGCGGGCAGCCCUUGGGAAAUACCGGGGGCGGGCGGGCAGCAGAGAAGCGAGGGCAAGGCGGAAGGGGGCGAGAAGGGCGGGUUGGAGCGCGGCGUGGGAGGGGUGCAGGCGAGUCACAGGAUGGUGGCUGAGAAGGCUGAGGACGCUUGUGGGGAGGUGAUGGAUACGUGCGAGCAGAUGGGUGGGGAGAAAGGAGACGGUGGGGCCCGAGGAGGAGACUUCACAGCGGACGAGAAGGUUGUAGUGAGGGAAAGCGGUCUGAAAGACUUGGGUAUGGACGAGGUUGAAAUGAAAGUGCCUGUAGAGAUCGAGGGUGCUGCGGUGGUGAAGGAAGAAGGAAGCGGUGAUGCUGAGGGAGAUACAGGCAAGGCGAGUGCUGGCAGCAGAGAGAAGAAGGUUGGCAGCAGAGAGAAGAAGGUUGGCAGCAGCGAGAAGAAGGUUGGCAGCAGCGGUGGUGUGAAGCGGGAAGAUGAGGUGACAGUGAAGGCAGAGCGAUCAGGGAACGAGGGUGGUGGUUUAGCAGAGGGGGAGGGCAGAGCAGUGGGAGGGGGUGGGAGUGAGGGAGGAGGGGAGGCGGCCAUGCUGGUGGAUGAUCCCGACGAGGACGACCUCGCCUGCAGCAAGCGCCGCCUCUUCCCCGAUGGCCCCCCUCUGCCUGCUCCGCCUGCUGCUGCCCCCCGCCCUCCUCUUCCUCCUCCGCCUGCUCCCACCGGGCCUGCAGUGGCAGCAGCGCGGGUGCAGGUGAAGUGCGAGGCGGGUGAGAGCGAGGGUGUGCCUGUGAAACGCGUGACUGUGACUCAUGCCGCUGCUCCUGCUGCUGCCAAGGCUGCUGCCCAUGCACGGCUGGACAAGAAGGGGGGGCAGCAGGUGCGGGAGGAGGCGGAAGGAGGUGCAGCAGCAGCAGCAGGGCAGAGUGACAAGAGCCGGCUGACGCCAAAGCGGCGGCGGCUGAUAGAGAGCUACGUUGACCGGCUGAUGGCCGACCUGCAGCGCCCUCAGUGGAUGGAGCUGCCAUUGGCUGGAGUGGAUCCAAGGGCUCUCAUCGGCCGACUGUGCAAGGUGUACUGGCCGCUGGACGAGCGGUGGUACGCGGGGCUGGUGUAUGCAUAUGACGCGCGCACGGGCAAGCACCAGGUGCGGUACGACGAGACGGAGAGCGAGUGGCUGCGCAUGGCAGCUGAACGCAUCAAGCUGCACCUCCCCCGCCACGACCCCCUCCUCGCUCUCUGCCCCACCCCCCCUCCCCCUCCCCCUGCUGCUGCUUCUGCUCCUCCCGCUGCUGCUGCUUCUGCUGCUGCUGCUUCCGCUCCUGCUGCGGCUGCCACGUGUGCCACGGCCCCCCUGGUGGAGGAUUGUGGGAAGGAGGAGGGCAGCAGGGACGGCGGCGAUCCAGGGUGUGAGAGAGAGGAGGAGCAGGGGAGGGAGGAGGAAGGGGAGGACGAACGAAGCGGGGACGAGGGGGAGGAGGAUGAGGACGAGGAGGGGGGAGUGGAGUUGGUUGGGGAGGGAGGGAAGGCGGCAAAGGGUGGCAAGGGGAGGGGGUGGCGGGGCAGGCGGGGGUGGCAGGGGCGGGGGCAGGGCGGGCGCGAGCUGGCGGAGCUGGCAGCGAGCAUGGCGCGGGACAUGGACCCUGCUCGCGCUGCUGUGCUGGCUGCUGCUGCCAUGCUCUCCUCCUCCACCCGCACUGCGCCCAGAGACCACAGGGCCGCGGACCAGGGGGCUGCGCCCAAGGCCAAGGCGGAGGGGCCAGAGGCGGGGGCGGGAGGGGGGGCUGUUCGGCGGGAGGGCACAGGGGCGGGCAUGGCAGGGGGGACGGGGGGGCCGCUGGAGGAGCUGAAGCUGGGGCGGUUUGGCGCCAAGGAGCUGGUGUGGGCACGCGUCAAGGGGCACCCAGCAUGGCCGGCCAUGGUGUUGGAUCCGGCAGUGGCGGAGCGAGUGGGGCUGCGGGCGGUGAGGGAGGGCGGGGCGGGGGAGGUGCUGGUGCACUUCUUCGGCUCCUACGAGUGCAGCAUCGUUGCCGCCUCUGCCGCCUGCCCCUUCCUGCUCGGCCUCGCCAAGGGGCUGCACAACAAGAGCAAGGCCGCCUGCUUCAAAACAGCGCUCCAUGAAGUCGAAAGGUUCCUGCUGGUGGAGGAGCUGCCAGCGAAGAUGGCGUUCCUGCACGGAUCGGGGUCGGAGGAGGGCAGCGACGAGGGCAGUGAGGAGUCGGGGAGUGAUGGGAGCAGCGCGGAGGGCAGCGAGGGGGCGAGCGAGGAGGGCAGUGAGCGGCAGAGUGGAAGUGGGGAGGGCAGCCAGAGCAGUGGCGAGGAGGGGAAUGGGGCAGCAGAGGCGGAUGAGCGCAAGGGGUUGAGGGCGGCAGGCAGCGCGGGCAAGAGUGGGGCUGAGGUGGGGGGACGGGCAGCAGUGGUGGGAGGCAAGGUGGUUGAUGGGCGUGGCGUGGGGCAGGCAGGAGCAAGUUCAGGGGGGUGUGGAGAGGCAGAUGGGGAGGGGGACGGGAAGGUAGGGGAGGCGAGGAGGAGCGGGGGGCAGGCAGUGGGGUCGGAUGCGGUGAUGGGGGGUGACUCCGCCACCACGGCCACGUCCCCGCCGUCCCUGCCCCUGCACAUCGGCUCCCUCACCCUGCUCUCCCUCGGUGCGCCCCCCUCCUCCCUCACCCUGCUCUCCCUUGGUGCGCCCCCCUCCUCGCCCCUUUUUCUCAUUCGCUUCCUCCGAGCACCUUCACCCCACUCCUCCCAUGCAUGUGCCCCAACCCAACCCAACCCUUGCGAAGCCACCUUUGCAGGGCGAGUGCUGCCGGGCGAGCCUGGCUUCCACACGGCGCAGCACAUCUACCCUGUCGGCUACAAGGCUGUCCGCCCCUUCCCCUCCGCCCAAGACCCGCGUGUGGUGGUGAAUCACGUGAUGGAGAUCCUUCAGCAGGCGCCCCCUCCUCCUCCUCCCCCUCCUCCUCCGCCCCCCACUGCUGCUGCACCAGCGCCAGCAGCAGCGCCAUUUGUGCCCUCGGGGGAAGGGGCAUGGCGGCGCCCCCAGCUGCGCCAGACACCACAGCGCAUGCAGCAGCAGCAGCCCAAGGGGGGCAAGAAGCCACAGCAGAAGAAGCAGCCGCCUGGCGCCUCCGGGACUGCUGGAAACACCCCAGUGCCUGGUGGUCCAAUCUUCCGAGUCACCCCAGAAGGCUCUGAUCCGGUGGAGGGCCCAUCACCGGGCGAGUGCUGGCGCAUCAUCCAGAGGCGCGUGGCGGAGGCCAAGCGCCUGCUGCUGCAGCACCUGCACCCGCCCAGCACUGGCGCAGGGGGAGGGGCAGGCGGAGGGGCAGGGGCAGUUACGGGGGCAGGGACAGGGGGUGGAGGCACGGGGGGAGGGGAAGGGAGGGCGCAGAGGGGCGGGGGGCCGAUGAUGGUGCCGCUGGCGGUGCUGCUGCAGCGAGGCGAGGGCAGCGGUGGUGCGGUGCUGCGUGCUGGAGCAGAUGCAGAGGGGACCGGUGGUGGCAGGACAGGCGCGGAGGCAGAGGCGGGUGAUGGUAGCCGGGCAGGGGCGGCAGAGGCAGGGGGGGGUGAUGGGGGCAAAGCAGGUGCAAGGGCGGAGGAGCAAGAGAGAAUAGCAGCGGUAACGAGCGGUGGCCGUGGGGCGGAGGAUGGGCAGGCACAGAUUGAAGGCACACAGCGGACAGAGAGGGAUGGUGGGGGCGGGGGCAGAGAGGGCGCUGUGGGGCAGGGAGGGGCAGAGGCGGAAGCAAUGGAGGUGGAUGGGGGCGGAGGGGACGAGAGGGGGGACACAGCAGCAGGCGUCCAAGGGGCUUCGUCCCAGGGGGGGCUGCCUGCAGGGGACCCUCUCAGGCGCUGCCAGCACAGGGCACAGGGGGCGGGGCAGCGCAUGGCAGUGGCAGCCCGCGGUGUGGGGAUGUUCGGCCUCACUCACCCACGAGUGGCGCAGCUCAUUCAGGGUCUGCCCAACGCCACCCGCUGCCAGCAGUUCACCGCGUGGGUCAACGCCCCUCGCCCUGCGCCUGCUUCCAACACUGCGGACGCCAGCAGGGGCGAGAGGGCGCGACAGGCCAGUGCGCCGGCAAAGCAGCAGGGGGAGGCAGCGCAGGGGGCGCGGGCGGGGGCCGUGGUGGUGAAGGAGUCGCGGCUGCCGGCGGGGUUCAAAGCGGUGGAGUACCGGCAGGCGUCCCUCGACCGCUGCGACGUGUGCUGCCUCUCCGAGGAGUACGAGGACGACCAGCUGCUGCAGUGCGACAGCUGUCGCAUCAUGGUCCACAUGGCGUGCUACGGCGUCAGAGAGCCGCCAGAUGGCGGGUUGUGGCUGUGCGACGUGUGCAGCAAGUACGAGCGGCAGGGCAAGUGCGAUGCCAAGCCCCUCUGCUGCCUCUGCCCCGUGCAAGGUCAGUGCCCCGUGCAAGGUCAGUGCCCCAUGCAAGGUCAGCGCCCACUCCGUGUCCUGGCCCUCCCAUCUUCUCCACCCUCGCGUGUUCGCUGUCCACCAGAUUAUCCCGUCCUGUCCGUGACCUUUGUCUCCAUGCCCAUCCCCAUCCCCAUGCCCAUCCCCAUUCCCAUGCCCAUCCCCAUGCCCAUCCCCAUGCCCAUCCCCAUCCCCAUGCCCAUCCCCAUGCCCAUGCCCAUGCCCAUCCCCAUCCCCAUGCCCAUCCCCAUUCCCAUGCCCAUCCCCAUCCCCAUGCCCAUCCCCAUCUCCAUGCCCAUCCCCAUCUCCAUGCCCAUCCCCAUCUCCAUGCCCAUCCCCAUCUCCAUGCCCAUCCCCAUCUCCAUGCCCAUCCCCAUCUCCAUGCCCAUGCCCAUGCCCAUGCCAAUCCCCAUCCCCAUCCCCAUGCCCAUCCCCAUGCCCAUGCCAAUCCCCAUCCCCAUGCCCAUCCCCAUGGCCAUGCCCAUCCCCAUGCCCAUCCUCAUGCCCAUCUCCAUGCCCAUGCCCAUCCACAUUCCCGUCCUCAUGCCCAUCCUCAUGCCCACCCCCAUCCCCGUGCACUUGACCAGGGGGAGCCAUGAAGCGGACGGUGCAUGGGCUGUGGGCGCACCUGGCAUGCUCUCUCUGGAUCCCAGGUGGGUUAGUCAAACGGAGACGUCGUUUGUGAACAUCAAGCGCAUGGAGCCCGUCACUGGCUUUGAUGACAUCCCCAAGGCGCGGUGGCAGCUGCGGUGUUGUGUGUGCCGCAUCCCCCACGGGGCGUGCAUACAGUGCGCGGCAGGGCAGUGCUACACCGCCUUCCACCCGCUCUGCGCCAAACUCAAGGGCUACCCCAUGCUGGUGAGAGCACGACUCAAGGGCUACCCCAUGCUGGUGAGAGCACGACUCAAGGGCUACCCCAUGCUGGUGAGAGCACGACUCAAGGGGUACCCCAUGCUGGUGAGAGCACGACUCAAGGGCUACCCCAUGCUGGUGAGAGCACGACUCAAGGGCUACCCCAUGCUGGUGAGAGCACGACUCAAGGGCUACCCCAUGCUGGUGAGAGCACGACUCAAGGGCUACCCCAUGCUGGUGAGAGCACGACUCAAGGGCUACCCCAUGCUGGUGAGAGCACGACUCAAGGGCUACCCCAUGCUGGUGAGAGCACGACUCAAGGGCUACCCCAUGCUGGUGAGAGCACGACUCAAGGGCUACCCCAUGCUGGUGAGAGCACGACUCAAGGGCUACCCCAUGCUGGUGAGAGCACGACUCAAGGGCUACCCCAUGCUGGUGAGAGCACGACUCAAGGGCUACCCCAUGCUGGUGAGAGCACGACUCAAGGGCUACCCCAUGCUGGUGAGAGCACGACUCAAGGGCUACCCCAUGCUGGUGAGAGCACGACUCAAGGGCUACCCCAUGCUGGUGAGAGCACGACUCAAGGGCUACCCCAUGCUGGUGAGAGCACGACUCAAGGGCUACCCCAUGCUGGUGAGAGCACGACUCAAGGGCUACCCCAUGCUGGUGAGAGCACGACUCAAGGGCUACCCCAUGCUGGUGAGAGCACGACUCAAGGGCUACCCCAUGCUGGUGAGAGCACGACUCAAGGGCUACCCCAUGCUGACGUUGGACAUGAGUGAGGAGAGCAUGGAGCGCAGCCGGCUGCACGGCACGGUGGUGGGGUCCGUGGCCAUGAUCUGCUUCUGCCCGCGCCACCGCGCGCGCGCCAAAGCCCUCCACGCCACGCCCUCCCUCCCCCCCCACCCCUCCGCGCCCUCCCCCUCCCCCGAACCCACCGCCGCUGCUGUUCCCCCUCGCCCGCCCUCCCCCACCUCUGCCCCAGCCACAUCCGCUGCUGCUGCUGCCUCCCUCGGCCCCUCCGAUCCACUGCCCAAAGUCCUCCCCAUGUCGCAGCUGCUCUGCCACCCCUCGCCCUCGCAGCUCCCUUCCCCCUCCGCCGCCCCUGCUGCUCUGGGCAGUGAGCAGGCUGAGAGGGGGAGAGAGGGGAUGGGAGGGAGCGAGGGCGACAGAGAAGAGGGCGGUGGGGGUAGGGAGGGUGCGAGAGAGACUAGGAGCGGUGGAGGUGUGAGGGCGGGGAGAGAGGGAAAAGGAGGGGAGAAUGAGGGUGGCAGUGGGAGUGGCAGCGAGAGUGGGUGGAGUGAGAGCAGUGGAACAGGAGGGGGUAGCAGUGAGGGCGGGUGUGAGAUGGACAGCAGCCGGCGGGAUGUGCCACCAGGUGGCCGGGCGGGCGGAGAGAGAGUGCUGUGCGCUCGAACAGAGCCCUUUGACGCGCGCAUACGGAGGGGGCGCAGGGAGCCGGAUGCGGUGGCGGCGUUCCUGACGAAGCGGUCGUUUCUGGAGAACGUGCCCUUCGCCAUCUGUGGCCGGCGCCAGGAGCAGCGCCGCGUGCACGGCCCCUCCGUGGUGGAGGCGGUGCGAGCGCACAUGCAGCACGCCGCCUCCCACCCCGCCCAGGAGCUCGGCUCCAAGGACGGGCACGUGGGCACAGUGGGGGAGGGGCGCGGCAGGGCAGGGCAGCACGAGGUGUGCCGUGACGCGGAGGGUGUGAGGGACGUGGGGCCGGGGGGGGGCGUGCAUGUGAGUAGGCUGCGGCGGUUGCUGCACUCGGGGCUGGUGGGUGGCGCGGAGGGGCAGGAGGGGCAGGCGGGCAGUGGGGAGGGCGAGGUGCGGUCGAUGUCGGACCGCUUCCGCCGCAUGAAGUCCACCCAGCAGCAGCGCCUCGCCUUCGGUGUGUUGGGGGCAGGGAUGGUAAUUUGGUGCAUGUGUGCGCGGGCAGGUAGUGGGUGGGCGGGCAGUGAUGAUGGUAGGGAUGGGGAUGCCGUGCCGUGCCGUGCCGUGCUGGUGAUUUGGUGCGUGUGUGUGCCGGUCGUGCCAGCACACGCUCGCAAGUCAGCCAUCCACGGGUGGGGUGUGUUCGCCAAGACGCCUCAUCGGGCCGGGGACAUGAUCAUAGAGUACGGGGGCGAGGUGGUGCGGCCAGUGGUGGCAGACUUGAGGGAGAGGCGCUGCUAUGACUCACUCGUGGGAGCGGGCACGUACAUGUUUCGGAUCGACAGCAACCGAGUGGUGGACGCCACCAAGGCGGGCACCAUAGCACACCUCAUCAACCACUCCUGCAACGUUAGUGCCACUCCAUCCAUGCUCUCUGCUCUUUUCUGCAUGCCGUGUGCUGGCUGUGCUGCAGCCCCUCUCUCGCCUUGUUUCUCUCCUGUCAUCCAUCCCAACUGCUACUCGCGGGUGGUGCAGGCGAGUGCGGAGGAGCGCAUUGUCAUCUUCGCCCGGCGGGACAUCAUGGCUGGCGAGGAGCUCACCUACGACUACAGGCACGGCCCUGAGCCCUCCCCUCCCCUCCCCCCCCCCCCCCCCCUCCCCCCCACUUGCCGCACGCCCACUCUCAAUCGCCUUGUUGAUCCAUCUACUGCCCUCUCACCCUUCCCCCAUGCCCCGUCAACCAUGCCACCAUGCCUCCUGAGCCACGCCCCUAUGCCUCCCAACCGUGAUCCAUCCACUCUCCUCCCUCUCAGGUUUGACUCGCAGGACGAGCAGCUGGCGUGCAACUGUGGCAGCAGCGGGUGCCGUGGCGUGGUCAACAUUCUGAGGGGCCACGACGACCACGCCGAUGGAGACGUGGCCAUGUGGGCCCCUCGCAGCGAGCUGCUGCCCUGGCAGCCGCCCACCGCCCCCCUGUGA